GUGCCAGAUCGUUGGAAACUUUGGUUUGUGUUGGGAUGAGUUUGGGUGUCUCAACAAGGAAGCAAGCUGAACAAGUAUCGUUGAACUUGGAAAAUUGUGUUUUAGGAGCCUGAUGAGCCUGUAUCAUGUGCGAGGUAUGGAUGGAGUCACUUGAUGGCCAUGGAUCCUUUCUCGAUGAAGAUGACGAUGUUGACUUGUGGAAAUAAAAUAAGUGGGCAUGGAGGCGUGUUAUGAGAUAUGUGAGAGCCAAGUUCAAAUCGGAUUUUAUUCCCAGACUUGCCCUGACGCUGAGUCAAUAAUCACCAGAGUUGUUUCAGAUGCUGCGGUCUCUAACCCUAACAUGCCUGCCGUCUUGCUCAGGCUCCAUUUCCAUGACUGCUUUGUCCAGGGAUGUGAUGGGUCGAUUCUGAUUGAGAAUGGAACAAAUGCGGAGAGACAUGCCUUUGGCCACCAAGGAGUUGGAGGGUUUGAAGUGAUAGAGAGAGCCAAAGCUGAGUUAGAAGCUGUAUGUCCAGGAGUUGUUUCUUGUGCAGACAUAGUAGCCUUGGCUGCUCGAGAUGCCGUAGCUUUGGCGCAAGGACCUGAAUAUCAGGUUCCGACAGGGAGGAGAGAUGGAAGAGUAUCGAGUGUAUCACUGGCAGACGAUAUGCCGGAUGUGGGUGACUCAAUACAGCAAUUGAAAGCCAAGUUUCUGCGCAAAGGCCUUUCAGACAAAGACCUGGUUCUUCUCUCUGCUGCGCAUACCAUUGGAACCACAGCAUGCUUUUUCAUGACCAACCCUUACAAUUUCGCUCUGAGUUCCACUGGAUCUGAUCCACAAAUCAACCCCAGUUUCUUACCAGAGUUAAAGGCCACGUGUCCUCGAGACGGCAACGUUAACGUCCGGCUACCCAUCGAUCGCGGCAGCGAACGGACGUUUGAUAAACAGAUUCUACAGAACAUCAGGGAUGGAUUUGCGGUUCUUGAAUCUGACGCUAGAUUAUACGACGACGUUUCAACGAGAAGUGUUAUCGACUCUUACUUUGGGCCUCUAAGCCCAUUUCUAGGCCCAUCGUUUGAGGCCGAUUUUGUUGAAUCGAUCAUAAAGAUGGGUGUCAUCGAUAUUAAAACUGGAUCGGCUGGAGGGAUCAGACGUACCUGUGCAUCCUUCAAUACUUAAAAAACAAAAACACUUUUAAAAAUUCUUUUAAAUUUGUUAUGUAAGUAACACUUUUAAAUUUAUGAAAUUUGUUUAUUAAUUU